UAUAGAGGACAUGCUCUUCCUGGGGGACACAGGUGACUUUGAUGACAUACUGUAUCUGGAAGAGACUGAGCAGCCCGAGGAGACACUGCAUAUUGAGGAUAACAGGCAGCCAAAUGAGGCCGUGUGUGUGGAGGAGCCUGUGAAGCCGGAGGACACACUGUGUGUGGAGGAGCCUGUGCAGCAGGAGGACACACUGUGUGUGGAGGAGCCUGUGCAGCAGGAGGACACACUGUGUGUGGAGGAGCCUGUGAAGCCGGAGGACACACUGUGUGUGGAGGAGCCUGUGCAGCAGGAGGACACACUGUGUGUGGAGCAGCCUGUGCAGCAGGAGGACACAGUGUGUGUGGAGGAGCCUGUGAAGCAGGAGGACACACUGUGCGUGGAGGAGCCUGUGAAGCUGGAGGAGACAAGCCCAGAGCAGAUGGCUUAUGGGGGAGAGACGGUCACAAACGAAGAGAAGCCUAACCCUGAGAGCCUUGGCGCCGGGUCUAGUCCCAGCACAGAGGAGAGCCUGAGCAUAGAGGACCUAGAAUUGCUCGAGGGGCGUUUCCAGGAAUGUGUCCAAGCUGUGGCCCAGCUGGAAGAGGAGCGGGAUCAGCUCAUCCAUGAGCUUGUGUUGCUCCGGGAACCAGCUCUCCAGGAGGUGCAACAAGUCCAUCAGGACAUCCUGGAUGCCUACAAACUGCAUGCUCAAGCGGAGCUGGAGAGGGAUGGGCUAAAGGAGGAGAUCCACCUGGUCAAGCAGAAGCUGUUCAAAGUGACCAAGGAAUGUGUGGCCUACCAAUACCAGCUGGAGUGCCGCCAGCAGGACGUGGCCCAGUUUGCCGAUUUCCGGGAAGUGCUGACCGCACGGGCAGCCCAGCUCUCAGAGGAACUGGCCCAGCUCCGGGAUGUCUAUCAGAAGCAGAAGGAGCAGUUACGGCAGCAAAUAGAAGCACCUCCAAGCCAGAGGGAAGGACACUUCCUGCAGGAGAGCCGGCAGCUCUCUGCCCAGUUUGAGAACCUCGUGGCAGAGAGCCGCCAGGGCCUGGAGGAGGAGUAUGAGCCUCAGCUGGUGCGGCUCCUAGAGAGGAAAGAAGCCGCUGCCAAAGCCCUGCAGAAAACCCAGGCAGAGAUCCAGCAGAUGAAGGAGGCUCUGAGGCCCCUGCAAGCAGAGGCCCAGCAGCUCCAUCUGCUAAACAGGAACCUGGAGAACCAGAUCACACUUGUGAGGCAAAAACGCGACGAGGAAGUGCAGCAGUACAAGGAACAGCUGGAGAAAAUGGAAGAACAACAGACACAGUUAAGAAACGGAGUGCAACUCCAGCAACAGAAGAACAAAGAGAUGGAGCAGCUAAGGAUCAGCCUUACUGAAGAGCUUUCAACUUAUAAGGCUAUGCUACCCAAGAGCCCGGAACAGGCUAAUACUCCCACUUCUCAGGCAGGUGGAAUCGAGACACAGUCUCAAGGAGCUGUUUAGAAAUGUAUGGCCGAAUCUGUAACCCAGAAACAACCAAAAAAGCUUCUUAACAAAGGAUCACUUAAGUACCCUUUUCCAAACACAGAAGAGAGUGCCAGGGACUUGGCAAGCAAUUCACCCUGGGGAAGAUACAAAUACUGGCUGGCCUGUUUAAAAAGAUUCUAGGCUGGUUGGAGGCAGAACACACCAGACAGCUCUUAGCUGGAUUCUAUUUCACAGGCUGCUGGUAAUUUCAAUGCACGAAGGAACAGCAAAAAAAAAAAAAAAAAAAAAAAAAAAA